AUAAAAAUUCUAAAAUUGAGAAAAAAUUUAAUGAAUGAAAAAGAAGGGGCAUAAAUGUUAUUUCAAGUGUAAUGGGAAAUUCUUCCCCGGUACGCAGGUGAAGCAAGUGCCAUCAUCUUUACUGCUCUUUUUGGUUUCCUGAGCAAAUUAGAGAAGAAAGGAAACAGGAAGAGGAAAAAAAGGGAGAUUUUUAGAGACCCUUCACUCUCUCUUCUCUUUGCUUUCUUUUGAUCCCAAGAAACAGUUGCCAUAGGCUUCAGGAAACUGCUUUUAGAGAGAGAGUUGCCAUUUACCACUAUGUCUCUGGGCUAUGCAGAGAAGCUCUCAUUCAUAGAAGAUGUGGGUCAAGUUGGAAUGACAGAGUUCUUUGACUCAGCUCAUGUUUUACAGGAUAAAAUUGAACAACUUGCAAAACUGAUACAAAAGAGUAGCCAUUUAGUGGUGUUUACAGGUGCAGGAAUAUCAACUUCUUGUGGCAUACCUGAUUUUCGAGGUCCCAAAGGAAUAUGGACAUUGCAGCGUGAGGGUAAGCCCUUACCUGAAGCAUCCCUACCUUUUGACCGUGCAAUGCCAAGCAUGACUCAUAUGGCUCUAGUUGAAUUAGAGAAGGCUGGGAUUUUGAAGUUUGUUAUUAGUCAGAAUGUUGAUGGUCUCCAUCUUCGAUCUGGAAUACCAAGGGAGAAGCUUGCUGAAUUGCAUGGGAACUCAUUUAUGGAAGCUUGUCCCACAUGUGGUUCCGAGUAUUUGCGAGAUUUUGAGGUGGAAACUAUUGGAUUAAAGGAGACAUCACGACGUUGUUCUGAUAAGAGAUGUGGAGCAAAACUUAGGGACACAGUUCUUGACUGGGAGGAUGCUUUGCCACCAAAGGAGAUGAAUCUAGCAGAGAAGCACUGUAGAAUGGCUGAUGUGGUGCUUUGUUUGGGGACAAGUUUGCAGAUCACUCCUGCAUGCAAUCUGCCUUUGAAAUCUCUUAGUGGUGGGGGGAAGAUUGUUAUUGUGAAUCUUCAGAAAACUCCAAAGGACAAGAAAGCAAGUUUGGUGAUUCAUGGCUUUGUGGAUAAGGUUAUUGCUGGAGUCAUGGAGUUACUUAAUAUGCAGAUUCCUCCAUAUAUAAGGAUUGAUCUGUUCCAGACAAUUCUAACUCAGUCCUUGAGUUCUGAUAAAAAAUUUGUGAACUGGACAAUCCGCAUGGCUAGUAUACAUGGACUAACAGCUCCAUUGCCAUUCAUUAAGUCUGUUCAGGUUUCCUUCUCAGAUAAUCAAAGUUACAAAGAAGCUAUUCUAAAUACACAGCCGUUUCUACUAAAAAGGAGAACUGUAAGGACAGAAACAUUUGAGAUUUUCUUGAACCUCAAGUUUAGUGAUGGUUGUGGUUGCCUUAGCACCCAAAUCAAAAUCCCUUUUAAUUUUCAGGCUUCAAAUGAAGGUUUUAAACUAGACAAGAAUGCCACAUUCGAAAAGAUGAGAGACGCAGCGAUUCAAGAUUCUAGCUGCGGACAGAAUGCAGUGGUUGAGAGACGAACCGUUUUAGUCCCAAAAAGCGAGAUCACAGUUCAUGCAAUUAUUACAAAUGUCAAAGCGUUCGACUGUCAUUCAAACAAUGGAGAUGUCAAGCCAAGAAAAGAAGGUAUGAAUGGUUCUGAAACAACCCGAAAGCGAUCAAAGGGACGCAAACGGAAAAUGAGAUAUAGAGAGUAAAAGGCUUGUAGUUUGGGAUGUGUAUAUGUGUUAACAUUCAUCAGAUUAAAUGGUUAGUUAUAAAUACGAGACUGAGUGAAUUUUGUUAGAUACUAACACUCAAGAGUCUCUUAAACUAUGAUUAGGAAAGUGCAAACUUGUUGACAUCACCCAGUUUUGUAGGAGAAGAUUUUAGAAUCUCUAAUGUUUUUCAUUAUUACUUGGUUGUAUGUAUAAUAUGUUGAUUCAUAUUGUUUUAUGGCACAACAUUUUCAUCUGUCUUCAUGCAGUGGUCUGAAUAUUGUUAUUAUAUGGAGGAUAGACUUUGCCUUGUUGUUGUUAAGGGUUGUAUAGUUUUAAUUAUAUCCAUUAAUACCUCAAGUUUU